CAUGUUUUGUUUUAUUAUAGUACAUAUAAAAUUAAAGUUUCAAACAGAAAUAUUAGAAAAUAAACUUUUGAAGUAUAUAAUACGCCAGAUUAACGAAAAAAUUCGCUAUGGAUGGUGAAAUAAACCCAACAUUUGAGGAGACUGAAGACCACAUUAAUAACGAGGGUGCCGCGAGCGAUUUUGGAAAUAAAAAGAUACGGGAAAAUGGCAACGUUCCGGCAGAAAAUCACGAUAAAAAUCAGAAUAAAAUGAUAUACGAAAUUAAUGAAAGUCCUAGAUGGCAUGUUUGCAUUAUUUUAGGCAUACAGCACUGCUUACUUGCGGUUGGAGGCUUGGUUGGGAUGCCACUUAUAAUAGGAAGAAGUCUUUGUAUGUUUGAUGACGACGUUGGAUAUGUUGGCCGCGCGAUGGUGAUAAAUGCAAUGUUGUUCAUUUCUGGAAUUGUAACAUUUAUACAAACAACGUUUGGGUCCAGGCUACCUAUCAUGCAAGGUGGAUCAUCUGCUUUUCUUCCUGCAACACUGGCAAUACUAUCCCUCCCUCACAAUCGAUGUCCAUCGGCUCCAAUAAACAACACAGAUUUAACUAACGGUACUGUGAUGUAUAAUGAUACUGACGGAACUUUAGUUGAUGGUGCGGAACUAUGGCAAAGACGAAUGCGAGAGAUCCAAGGGGCACUUGCCGUUGCUGCCGUUCUAGAGAUUCUGCUGGCGAUGACAGGAGUUGUUGGAUUUCUCAUGAGAUUUAUCGGGCCGUUGACUGUUGCACCAUCUAUAACCUUAAUAGGUCUAUCUUUACUUGACAUAUCAGGAUAUUGGGCCUCAGGCCAGUGGGGGAUAACCAUUUUUACUAUUGCUUUGUUGGUGGUAUUUUCUCAGUACUUAAAAGAUAUAAAAGUACCUUUUCCUUGGUACAGUCGAACUCGAGGCUGUUUUGUAAAAAGAUCGAAUUUUUUCAAGAUGUUUCCAGUCCUUCUUGCUGUUAUAUUAGGAGUUAUAUUAUGCGUCAUUCUGACAGCUACCGGAGCAUUGCCCAGUAAUCCGAGUGAACCCGGUUACAGGGGGCGUACGGAUACGAGAAUAAGAGUACUUUACAAUAGUCCAUGGUUUCAAUUUUCUUAUCCUGGCCAAUGGGGCCUUCCCGUUGUUACAGCGUCGGGUGUGAUUGGGAUGUUAGUGGCAGUUAUCAUUAGUAUGGUGGAAUCAAUUGGUGAUUAUUAUGCAUGUGCAAGAAUUGCUGGAGCGCCACCGCCUCCAAAACAUGCAGUAAACAGAGGUUUAGCAAUCGAAGGACUUGGAACUGUACUUUCUGGGCUUAUUGGAACAUCUACGGGCACAACUUCAUACACACAAAAUAUCGGAGCGCUAGGAAUUACUCAAGUUGCAAGUCGAAGAGUUCUGCAAGUUGCUGGGAUCGUUUUCUUUAUAUUUGGAAUGCUAGGAAAGUUCGGUGCAGUAGUUGUUCUUAUUCCGGAUCCCGUUAUGGCUGGACUCUUCUGUGUGGUGUUUGGGAUGGUUACAGCAGUUGGUAUAUCUAAUCUCCAAUUCGUGGAUAUGAAUUCUGCCAGAAAUCUUUUUAUCAUUGGAUUUUCGCUAUUUAUGGGGUUAAUGGUACCAAGAUGGGUAGCAUCCCAUAGGAACGCCAUAGACACCGGAGAAGUAAUAGUAGAUCAGAUAUUCUUAGUGCUGCUGGAGACUCCUGUGUUUGUUGGAUUCGUUCUCGGAGUCUUUUUUGAUAAUACAAUGCCAGGAACUCUGAAAGAACGUGGUAUGUUGGAAUGGAGAAAACGUGCUGGUGAAGAUAAUGCUUCCGAAGAAGAGCGUGAAAAAUAUAAAAAAGAAGUUGCAAAAUGCUAUAACCUUCCUUUCAGCACAAAUUUCAGAUUUGCCAGAUACAUCCCAAUACUUCCAGAGUUCAAUACAAAACCACCCAAGACAGAAAAAGAAGAUAAAGUUUCAGCGGUCAUAUAACUGUCGAAAUCAAACCUAAGCUAUAUCGUCAGUACGUAGAAAUUGUAUUUGAAGCACGAAAGCUAGAAUUUGGAUCGCACCAUCCAUUUCACAGCAGUUUAACAAUAUACAUAUAACUGUCAAAAUCAAAUGUAAGCUAUAUCGCCAGUACGUAGCAAUUGUAUUUUAAUCACGAAAGCUGGGUUUCUGAUUUCACCAUCCAACAAAUUAGCAGUUUAACGAUAUACAUUGUAGUCGUCUUGAUUAUUUCAAUCCCGGUUUUCACGUUUUUUUGCCGUAAACCGUAAGCGUAAAAGCGUUUAUCAAAUUGGGGCAUUGCGAUAAACCGCACACCCAAUGCUUUUAUUACCAUCAGACGACCAUCAUAUGCAAUUGGCGGUUAAUACGAUCUCGACGUGUUUCAUCGUAUAUUUACCGGUUCUUUCACAGGACUGAUUCCAUAAGAUAACCCAUUUCCCAGAUUAAGAAUAUGAAAAAGCAACCGACAUUUAGACAAUAAAAUAUUUGAUACACAAGAACACCAAAAAUGGGCACUCCAUACGUAUGUGUACCAAUACGGGGGUAACUAAUUUUGUUCGCCCAUUUUACAUCAAGUUGUGUAAGGGGACUGAAACCCAUGGGCAGGGGGAUAUUCACAUGGCUAACACAGACAGCCCCCGAACUCGUAAUCGGACUAAAAAAAGGGAAACCGGAAUAAAAUUAUGGCCUAACCCCAACCUGGUACACUUACUACGAGAGUACCGAAAAAUGUAUAUAUGUUUACCGAUAAACUGGUAAUAAAACAAAGCAUUUAAAUGCACUUUACCUCCAUUCCAUAAUAGGCUGCAGAACCCCAACACGAAUCCUCAGUUUCAGCUUCACCACGUCAACACAUCUUACUUUGUUUAUUGUAAUUUCUUUCAUCAAAUCGUACCUCACUUAUGUAGAAAUCUUUUCCUAAAUGAAGUAUUUUUCAAAAUAUCAUAAUUUUGACUAUUUUGAGAAACAACGACAAAAUUA